AUGUGCGGCGAGAGCGGCCCCGGGACGCGGGCGCUCACUGCCCGGGGUCCCCGCGCCCGGUCCCCUUGUCCUUCCCGGUGGCGCAGGGAGGAGACGCGAGGGGCGGGGAGGAGACAGUCCCGGCGGCGCCGCCUCCUCCUCCCCAGCCGGCCCGGCCACGCGGGGGUGGGGGCCAGGGGGCGUCUCCCGGCCGGCCAGAGCCGCGGGGCGCUGCGGGGCGCCCCGGGUGCUGCCGAUCCCGAGCGUGGCGAGCGGGGACGGCACCCCGCGAGCGCCCCGCCUCCGUGCGCCCUCGGGGUCCCCGGGCGGCCGCUCCGCAGAGGCCGGGAGGCGCGCGCCGACUCUCGCGUCCCGGGGCGCCCGGGGAUCCCGCUGCCCCCCAGGGCCGAUGAAAAAGGGGAACGGAGGUGGGGUGGGGUGGGGGUUCGCCGACCCCGCGCCGCCGCGCCCCGCGCCUCCGAAGUUGCCCGCACACCCGGGUGCGCCGCUGUGCACGCGGGUGCAGCGCGCGGAGACACCCCGCACCGCGCGGCGUCACGUCCCGGCUGCCAGGUAGGAGGGCUGCGGAGGCGCCCGGUGCCGCAGAAACGUCAGGCUCGGCGGAGUGCGGGGAGCACGGCUCCCCAGGAGUUCCUGUCGUCCGCCCGGCUCCCGGGGUUGUUGAACCCCGCACCCGCAGCCCGGCGAGCGAGGGGAGCGUCCCCGCGUGCCUGGGAAGUGAGAACGCACCUCCCGGCGCCCCCUCGGCCUGCAAGGAAGUUUGCUGAGCGUCUCAAGGCCACCCAUCCUCUAGCCAUGCUAGGAACAUUCUGGAGAGUCUGUGCUCCCCGGUACCGGGAAUUAAUUGAAUUCCCUGAAGGAUGCUCUCUUGUCUCCCCAGACUGUGCGUUCCUGCCGCCUUCCCCACUAGUCUCUGGAAAAAAGAGGAUACAUGGAUUUUUUGUGUUUGUAAAGAUCGUCAAAAUUCACAAAACUGAGUCACACACAGAGAAGCAUCCUGUCCCUCCUGACCUACAAGUAACCCGGCGGCUGCAGUGAGGCUGUCUGCGGCUGUCAAUGAGUAUAUUGUACAUCUCAGCUGCUAAAUGCCCUCAUCUAUUAUGACUGCCUUCAUGUGCACAGUAACCAGUGACGAAGCUGCUGCUGUCCAUGCUUCAGUCUGGAGGAAAU